CUCUAUAGACUUUAAACUAAUACUAGAACUUCUUAACUGAUCAAUCACGUGAAGAGUAUCUGCAUUCUUUGAGGCGUUGACUUUCAAACUCGAUUUUGACGAAGAAAGAUCGGAGAUGAUGAGGACCGGCGCCUCUGUUUCCAAUCCACGUUCGAGGGUCAAGUGGGACGCAUUCCUCAGUUUCCAAAGAGACACGAGCCACAAUUUCACGGAUCGUCUCUAUGAAGCGCUCGUCAAAAAAGAGCUCCGGGUUUGGAACGAUGAUGUGGAACGUGGGGAUCAUGAUGAGCUACGUCCAAGUCUCGUGGAGGCUAUAGAGGACUCCGUGGCUUUUGUCGUCGUCUUAUCUCCUAACUACGCUAACUCUCACCUGCGCCUUGAAGAAUUAGCUAAGCUCUGCGAUCUGAGAUCAUCCCUGGAACUUCUGGUGUUUCCGAUCUUUUACGAGGUGCAACCAUGGGAGGUUCGGACACAGAACGGUCCUUUUGAACAAGAUUUUGAGGAGCAUUCGAAAAGAUUUGGCGAGGAGAAGAUACAACGAUGGAAGGGAGCUUUGACUUUAGUCGGAAAUCUCUCUGGAGACCGGAGCUUGGAGAUGGAGAAUGGCGUUUUGCCGCAUAGGCUCAAGUUCAACGUCUUUCUCAGCUUCAGAGGCUUCGACACGCGCAGCAACUUCUGUGAGCUUCUCUAUGUCGCUCUCAACGCGAAGCAAAAGAUCCGGGUCUUCCGCGACAACGAGGGUAUGCAACGAGGGGAUGAAAUCAGUCCAACUCUCGACUUAGCCAUGGAUGACUCGGCGGCUUCCGUCAUCAUCUUAUCCACUAACUACGCUAACUCUUCUUGGUGCCUAGAUGAAUUAGCUUUGCUCUGCGAUCUUAGAUCAUCUCUGAAACGUCCCAUGAUACCUAUCUUCUAUGGAGUCAAUCCCUCGGAUGUUCGCAAACAGAGCGGUCAUUUCGAGGAGGAUUUUAAAGAACACGCGAAAGUUUUUGACGAGGAGAAGAUACAGCGAUGGAGGAGAGCUAUGAAUUUAGUCGGAAAUAUCCCUGGAUUUGUUUUCACAAAACCUACUGUUGAAGAUGUCUUGGCUGGCAAAAACAGAGGGAAAGUGGAUGAAAUGAUAGGGCUGGUGGUGAAAAGGGUUUUAGCUCAAGUGACGAAUUCACCAGAGAAAGUGGCUGACUACACUGUUGGGCUGGAAUCUUGUGUAGAGGAUUUGAUGAAGCUGCUCAACUUUAAAUCCACUUCUCCUGUUCAGUUCUUGGGACUUUACGGUAUGGGUGGUAUUGGCAAGACAACCCUUGCUAAAUACUUCUAUAACAAGAUCAUUGUAAACUUCGACCAUCGAGCAAUCAUCUAUAACGUUAGAGAACAAUCAUCAACCCAAGAUGGCUUAGACGAUCUGAAAAGAAUUUUUAACAGUAAACUUUACCAAGGAGAAGUUGCUCGUGAGAAGAAGAUUAUUGCGGUUUUAGAUGAUGUUGAUAACAUCGACCAGGUUAAAGUGCUCGUUGGUGAAACAAGCUUGUAUGGUCGAGGAAGUCUAAUAGUCAUCACUACCAGAGAUGAAGAGAUUCUGAGUAGGCUCUCAGUGAACCUACGAUAUGAGGUCAAGUGCUUGACUGAGAUGCAGGCAUUGAAGUUGUUUUGUUAUUAUUCACUACGAAAAGAAAAACCACCAACAGAGAGUCUAUUGGAGUUGUCCAAGAAGAGUGUCGAGUUAACAGGACUGUUGCCACUAGCAGUUAAAGUGUUUGGUUCUCAUUUGUAUGACAAGGAGGAAAACGAAUGGCAAGUUCAACUAGAGAAGCUGAAAUUUUUCCAACCAGACAAGCUUCAGGGUGUUCUGGCGCUGAGUUUUGAAUCUUUAGACGAUGAAGAAAAGAAAGUAUUCCUCGAUAUUGCGUGUCUCUUUCUCAGAGUGAAAAUAACAAAAGAAGAAGUUGUCGACAUACUGAAAGGAUGUGGGUUUCAGGCUGAGGCUGCUCUCAGUGUCCUCAGACAAAAAUCUCUCAUUAAGAUAAAAGACAAUAAUCUUUGGAUGCAUGAUCAGAUUAGAGACAUGGGUAGGCAGAUGGUCCUUAAAGAAAGCAGGGAGGAUCCUGGAAUGCGAAGUAGACUCUGGGAUCGUGGUGCAAUUAUGACCAUAUUGAACAAUAUGAAGGGAACGCCAUCCAUCCGAGGAAUCGUAUGUGACUUUGAAAAGAAGUCUGCAGAUGAAAUUGCUUCGAGGAGUCUACACAACGAUCCCGCAGAGGAAAAGCCAAAAAGUUCUGGAAUCAUCAUUCCCGUAGAGCCUUUUGUACCAAUGACGAAGUUGAGACUUCUUCAGAUUAAUAAUGUGGAACUGGAAGGAAAUCUUAAACUUCUCCCAUCUGAACUCAAGUGGAUACAAUGGAAAGGUUGCCCGUUAGAAAAUCUCCCUCUGGAUUUUCUUUCUGGGCAACUUGCUGUUCUUGAUCUUUCUGAGAGUGGAAUAAGACAAGUCCAGAGUUUGCGUAGCGAAGAAGUUGAUGAGAACUUGAAGGUUGUAAAUUUGCGUGGUUGCAACAGAUUAGAAGCCAUUCCUAAUUUAUCAAACCAUAAUGCCCUAGAGAAGCUUGUUCUCGAGCGAUGCAAACUUCUGGUGAAGGUUCCUAGCUCAGUUGGUAAUAUAAGAACAUUGCUUCAGCUGGACCUCAGAAACUGUUCAAGUCUUUCUGAAUUUCUUGUGGAUGUUUCUGGACUGAAGCAUCUUGAAAAACUUAUCCUCUCUGGCUGUUCAAAUCUGAGUGUGUUACCAAAAAACAUUGGUGCUAUGCAAUGUUUGAAAAAGCUUCUUCUUGAUGGAACUGCGAUAAAGAAUGUACCAGAAUCUAUUUAUCUCCUCCAAAAUCUUGAAAAACUUAGUCUAAGAGGUUGCAGAUCUAUUCGAGAGCUACCUUCAUGCGUAGGAACAUUGACAUCACUGGAGAAGCUAUAUCUUGAUAAUACUGCAUUGCAAAAUCUUCCGAAUUCUAUCAAAAAUCUAAAAAAUCUCCAGAAGCUGCAUUUGAGGCGCUGCACAUCCCUUUCUGAGAUUCCUGACACUAUCAAUGAGCUCAUAUCAUUGAAGGAAUUAGUCAUCAACAGAAGCGGGGUAAAAACGGUACAUCUAAAAUCAGGCUCAUUGCCAUGUUUGACUGACUUUUCAGCAGGAGAUUGCAAAAAUCUAAAAGAGGUUCCGAGUUCAAUUGGUGGAUUAAAUUGUCUUCUCCAAUUGACGUUGGAUAGGACCCCAAUUAGUACUCUACCAGACAACAUUGGUGACUUGCAAUUUAUUCUCAAACUUGACUUGAGGGGCUGCGAAUAUCUGAAAGUCCUGCCUAACUCAAUCGGAGCUAUGGAUACACUUCGUAAGUUAUACCUGGAAGGUUCUAACAUUAAGGAACUACCGGAAGAUUUUGGCAAUCUGGAAAACCUUGUCUUACUCCAAAUGAACAAGUGUAAAAUGCUCAAGGGGCUUCCUAACUCAUUUGGAAACUUGAAAUCCCUUCACCAUCUAUACAUGGAGGAAACUUUGGUCAUGGAGUUGCCAGAAAGUUUCGGUAACCUCUCAAAUUUAAGGGUAUUGAAAAUGCUGAAGAAGCCUCUUUUUAGAAGUUCUGAGAGUUAUCCUCCACGUACAAGCGAAGAAACUCGUUUUGUAGAAUUACCAAACUCUUUCGCAAACCUCUUGUUGCUUGAGGAACUGGAUGCUCGCAGUUGGGGAAUAUCGGGUAAAAUCCCAGAUGAUCUUGAGAAGCUUUCAUCUCUAAUGAUACUGAACCUGGGGAAUAAUUGUUUUCAUAGUCUUCCGUGUAGUCUCAAGGGGUUGUCAAAUCUCAUAGAUCUUUCAUUGUAUGACUGCCGGGAGCUCACAUGUCUUCCCCCUCUUCCAUGUCAACUAGAGAAGCUAAACCUUGCAAACUGCUUUUCAUUGGAGAGUAUAUCCGACCUUUCAGAGCUGACUAUCUUGCACGACCUCAAUCUCACGAACUGUGUGAAAGUGGAUGAUGUUCCAGGUCUAGACAAGUUGACGGCUCUGAAACGAUUAUAUGUGAGCGGCUGUAACUCCACCUGCUCCCUUGCAGUAAAGGAAAAACUGUCCAAGGUUUCUUUGAAAAUGCUGCGGAAUCUGAGCUUGCCUGGAGACAGAAUCCCAGGCUGGUUCUCACAAGGCCCUGUCACGUUCUCAGUUCAACCGAACAGAGAGAUCAGGGGCGUAAUCUUUGCUGUUGUUGUGGCUCUUAACCAUGAAAAAGAUAACUACCAGCUGCCUGAUGUGGUGGAUGUUCAAGUUCAAAUUCUGGAACUUGACCUAGCGUUAUACACCCACACAUUGCACCUCUCUGGAGUGCCUAGCACAAGUAAUGAUCAGCUCCACAUCUGCCGUUACUCAGCUUCGCACCCAAUGGUUAGGACGUUAAAAGACGGGUACACUGUACAGGUGAUCAAACGAGAAAAACCACACAAACAAGGCGUUGAGCUAAAGAUGAGUGGGAUUCAUCUGAUUUACGAGGGGGAUGAUGAUAUUUCAGGUGAUGAAGAUUUCUUAAACGAGACACAGCAAACCGUUUCUCAGAAACUUUCCAAAAUUUUCAGCUCUUGAAAGGUGAAGCCAGCUAAGAAAGUAAAUCUACUGUUAUAUGAUCUGCUACCGCAGAGAAGUUAAGAAACUGCACACAAUCAAUCGUAUCGAUACAAACUGUUUGUUGCUCAUAUAAAAGUGUUUUGGCUUU